AUGAAUCCAUAUAAAGAUGUAGAAGAUAGUACUUUUACUGCAGCUCCUAAUCUGGCGUACGAAGAUAUAGCUACAAAAUUAUUGAAAGAUAAUUUCUUCCUAACUGCCUUAGAAUUACACACAGAACUUGUGGAAAGCGGUAAAGAGCUACCACAGCUCAGAGAAUUUUUUUCGAAUCCUGGAAAUUUUGAACAACAUGUAUCAAGAGCUGCAGAUUUUAGUUCAAUACAUCGUUCACCAAGUCAAGCAACAUUAGAUUCAUUAGACACUGCAAGAUAUUCCGAAGAUGGAGGUGGAGAUCGUGGUGGAAGUGGCGGUGAUGUCGCUGUUCUUGAGUUUGAAUUGCGAAAGGCUCGUGAGACUAUUAACGCUCUGCGUGCCAAUCUUACUCAAUUUGCUGACGGGGAAUCAAAUCAUGAUAAAACAUCUAAAGAAAAUUUUAAUCAAAGGUCAUUGAUGCCUCAUGAGAAAAGAGCACUUAAUUUUUUGAUUAAUGAGUAUCUACUACUGCAAAACUAUAAAUUGACAAGUAUUACAUUUUCAGAUGAAAAUCCAGAUCAGGAAUUUGAAGAUUGGGAUGAUGUUGGCUUAAAUAUGCCGAGGCCCGCAAGUUUAAUAUCUCUGUUUUGGGGAAGCACAAGCAAUGUAAAUAUACCAAAAGUGGAUGCUGUUACGCAAACUGAUAUAUUGCAUGCUACUAUUGGAUGUCAAACAGAUUUUGAUGAAGGAAAUGUAUGUGUGAGUUGUCAAACAUCAUUAGACCAUGAUACAGAAUGGAAUCAUGAGCUCCUCAUUCAAGCUGAAGAAAUAGAAUUGUUGAAACAGAAGAUAAUAGCUUUAGAAACAGAAAAGUUGAACUUCCAAAAAUUAUAUGAUGCCGCAAUAGUGAGUCUAAAUUCUUUGACGAGUCCUGCAUCUGAAAGUAAAGGACUCGAGCUGCAUAUACCCAGUGAUAAGCUACUCAGUGUACAAUCAAAAUUGGAGCAGUCAAAUGACAAACCAAUAACUUGUACUGCAUCUGAAAAUCACUAUGGCAGCGGUCAUUCUACACACAGUGCAACACCAGAGCAGUUUGAAAUGAUAUACAGUGAUAAGAAUAAUGGCUUGGUUAAAAAGGAUGGUUCUAUCAAUAGUAAUUUCGAGCCGGCGUUGGUGGACAGCGUGCGAGGCUCGCCCUGCCGCCGCGCCAGCGUCACCACGCUCGACGAGACUCUCAGCAUAAACGACGCCGGCGAAUGGACGCGCGUACAAUAUGAAUAUAAUAGCAUCGAGAACAGCAAGGAGAUGUGGAUCGAUAGUGGUUUACCGAGCAGUUUAAAGGAAUCUUUAUUAUCGUGGUGCUACGAAACUUCGGACCUCAACGAGCCGUUAACAAAUGAUCUUCUCUUAGAUCUAGUGAACAGUAAACAACCCAUCACAUUGUCCGGGUUGCUGCCGUUAGUUGCAGACACUUUGCCCAGAGUGUUGCCGCACACGCUGGUGGCGCGGCGCGGCGAGGCGGCGGCGCUGCUGGCGGCGGCGGCGGCGCUGCUGGCGCCCGGCGCCGCGCGCCGCGCCCGCCUGCUGCACGCGCUGCUCACGCUCUACAAGAAGCCCGACCCGCCCGACGCCAGAGCGGUGUGCGAAGCAACCUGUUUAGUAGUGAAAUGGGGUGGAAGCGGUGAAGUGCUAUCGUCUAUAGCCGAACUAUUGGCGUCCCGAACUCCAGAGAGACGUAUACUUGCAAGUCAAAUCUGCCUUUCAGUAGCUCCAUAUGUGCCCUUAGAAUUGUGUACAUCACUUUUACUAAGUUUAGUGGUGCUGAUGUGUGAGUCCAGCGAGCCAGAGAUACGAAGUAUUGGGCUAAAGUCAGCCUGUCUCAUAUGUCCGGUCUGUGACCACAAGUAUGCCCAGUUGGAAAAUAUAUUGUUUCACUUCCUCAAGGACCCAGUGGAUAGAAUUGUGAAGGAUGGUGUGUGUGUCUUUGUGCCGGUGCUUGCUAGAAGUGCUCUUAUUGCUGGAAAAUUCUCAUCAGAUUUAUACAAUAGGGUAAUGAGCAAUUUAAUCACCGCCAGCACAGAUAAUGAAUGGAAAACCGUUUUAUUAUAUUUAGAUGUGAUCCAAGCUUUAGUUUUAGCGCAAUUGGCCUAUGUAAUUAAUGUACAAAUAGUUAAGGAUAUAAACCUGAAUAACUGUGAUAUGGAAACUAUUAACCUGCAAGAAGUGCCGAGUAAGAAGUUUAUAGAUAUACAAUGUUAUAUGACUGAUGAUGUCAAUGCGAAGAUUAUAUUAGCGGCUAUGAACAGCUUGUUGAAAGAGAACCCAGAUGUCAGAUGGCCGGAGUUAGAUUGGUUUGUUAAUAUUAUUAAACAAAUUCUAGAUAGCGCAACAAAGAGCAAAGCGUUAAAUCAUCACGCAAUAUACGAGCAGCUUAUAACAUUAUUCAAUAGUUACUUAGACAAUUUUGGUCUCGAAUUUUCUUUGAAAAUAUUAAAUCCUAUCUUCGUUGAGAUUAUUAUGGACUUAGAGAAUAAGUUAGAGAAACUACAUGCAAUAAAUGUAGAUAGUGUUGUGAUUGUUGGUAUUUAUUUAACUACGAUGCUAGUUACCGUCGAGGAUAGUGCGCAGCAUGGAGAGUUUUUGCAAAAAUGGGUUGUGUACAGUAGUAUAAGAAGUCUUCCAACCAAAAUAUUAUCCAUUCCAUUUAAAUGGCUCUCGAAACAUCGACCAGAUGUUCUCAAUUUCUUCUUACAACAUCUAAGAGAAUUUUCAGCGAGCAGCUGCGACAGCUCGAGUGGCAGUGCAAUACGAGUGUACAUCGCGAGUCUGCUCACCGAGCUGCUGAACACGGCGGACGUGGACGACGACUGCGUCGAGCGGCAGCUGCUGCCGGCCAUCGUCGCUUUGUUGUACGAUGAUGAUGUAUCAGUCCGCGAGGCGGCGAUGACGUCGUGGGGCGCGGCGGCGCGCGGGCGAGUGGCGCGCGCGGCGUCGCUGCAGCGCCUGUGGCCGCCGCUGGAGAGCGCGCUGGCGGCGCGCGCGCUGUCCCCGCGCGAGGCCGCGCGCGCCGCCGAGGCGCUGGCGCUGCUCGUGCUGCCCGCCGCCGACUGUCCCGCCGUGGCAGAGAAAGCUGUGUCGCUGCUGUGCGCGCUGUGCCACACGCGCGCGGCGGCGGACAGCGUGUGCGCGCUGGCGCCGGCGCUGCAGCUGGCGGCGCACCACUGCGCGCGCCACCCCGCGCUGCUGCCCGCGCUACGGAAAUUAGAAGAAAUAGUGCAAGCGCCGUCGCUGUCGCAGUACAGGCCGGCGAUAGAGGCGCUGCUGGCGGCGGCGGCGGCGGCCGAGGCGCCGCGCGCGCCCUCCCCGCGCCCCGCGCGCCUCGCCGCGCACGACGUGGGCCGCCGCGUCACGCAGAUGUUCCAACACUCCAAGACUAAUAUGAAUCUGCAGAAUAUAUUCAAGAAGAAGACA